UAACCCUAAACUCAGCAACGCCUCAGGGAUCACAUACCGUACUAUACCUACCUAGACAGUAGAUGCUUGUAUGUGCACGCUUUUCCUGGAUGUAGGGCGUACGGUGAUCCGUCCUUACCCCCUUUUCUUGACGGCGCUACAGCCAGAGCAAAAGCAGCAAUUUCAGCAGAGCAGAGGCCAUGCUUUUUCAAGUGGGCGGCGAUGGCAGCCGCCCGACAUUCUUCGAGAUGUCGGCAACCGAGCAUCUGCCCCUGAGCCUGCGGACCGCCAUGCAGUAUUCGCUUGCAGUCCUGGCUCAGCGCCAGCCGGCUUUGCACAAGGUUCUUGACCAUGCGGACGAAGCGUUUGCUGUCCUGAUGCUCGCUCUAGAGUACCACAGCCUGCGUACGCAAGACGCGUCAUUUGCGGAAGCUCUGUACGGGUUGAGGAGAACGCCUGCACGCGUCCAGGCGCUGCCACCUGGCCAGCAACGGAACGCCCCCCCUAGUUCUGGCCUUGGACGGAAACAGCGCCUUCUCUCGUUACUUUUCCUGGUCGGACUUCCCUACCUCCGCACAAAGUUUCGGGCGGCGUACUCCGCUGACCGAAGGGGCACCCUCCAGAGCGGAAUCUGGCAAGGAGGCGAAGCCGACGCCAACGGUUUCGCAAACGGGGACGGGAGCACAGACGCCCUUCUAGGCGAGGACCCGUUCGAUUCCGAAAUAGAAGCGUCCGAAACGGCUACGCUCGAAACCUGGCAGGGGUGGCGUGUUCGGCUGGGAAAGGCGAUGGCGAGGGCCUACCCGCUUAUACAUACGUCGGUGGAGGGGCUAUGCUUCGGGUACCAGCUUAUGUACCUGCUGGACGUGACAAGGUACUAUUCGCCGAUGCUGAGGGGGGCGGGCGUUGUCGUGCGGCGAUCGACGGGGCAAGAGCUGCUUGCCGCCGCAAAACGGUCGGAAGAGCUGCGCCGGGGCGAGUUCGGCCGGUUACGAGGCCCCGCGGUUCUUCAGUGGCUCCAGCGCUUCGUCUUCCGAACGGGGUACACGUUCUUGGACUCGUUACGAAACGGGCUCAUAGUGUCGGUCUUCCUGUUCAAGAUGCUCGAGUGGUGGUACACGUCAGCCGAGCAGCGGGUCAACACGCCGACGAUCCUCCCCCCCCCUCCAGCCCCACCGGCGCCGAAGGCCGCGGAGGGGGGCAUUUCACUCCCCCGCGAUAAGCACCUGUGCCCGUUAUGCCAGCGGCCACGGACGAACCCAGCUAUGGCGGCUUUCUCGGGCUUUGUUUUCUGCUACCCUUGUAUAUUCCAGUACGUGAAUCAGUAUGAACGUUGUCCGGUUACGUUGAUGCCUAUGGAAGUUGACAACAUCAGGAGACUUUACUUGUCGGCAUGAUGUUUGAUUGUAAAGCAGGCUAUCUGGUUCGUUGCAGCGUAACUGUGGCAAAAGUUUCCAAAUUCGGCAUGGCCAUUAGCGGUUCUAUUUCCACUGAUAAGUAUACGAUAGAAAAGCAUUGAAGGGGAGUUACAUUUCCCCCGGCGCUGCGCAGCAUGCAUGUUAGGCAGCACUGGGGCGGCACAUUUUUUUGACGUGGCCCUGAUUUGGGGUCCCCAUGCCAAUCUCCAGCCUGUUCAACAACAUAUAGAGUACAUCACCUCUUGCCUGGCCCUGGC